AUGGAAUCUUUGGUGACAAACAUCCGUCUCGUUACACUGAACUGCCGGCAGCUGUCAAGUGAACUCCAACAAGCCGCUCUAUCCAGACUUCUGCGACAUCUGCAUGCACCGUUUGCUGUAUUCCAGGAAACUCGCAUCAGGGAUCGUCCUCUAAUCAGUGACGACAAUUACACGAUCUACUGCGGCUAUGCUGAUGAAAGGAAAGACGCUUCAAAGAAGACGCUCCCGGUUUUAACACCGGGGAAAAAGUUCGCCUUUGCAUCUGCGGAGAAAAUAUCCACGUACAAUUCCGUUUGUGUUGCUCGCACUACUGGUGACUUCAGCCAAGCGUCUGCGAAGGAGAUGCGUCGUCAGCUGAAAGGAGAUCGUGAGAACGAAUGUACGCUAUCAGUCCCUGAACUCGUGCACCCCCAAAGACUGACAUACACCACGGUCAGCGAAGAGCGACGGAGUCGGAGAGGAGUAUCUUUGAUGCGUGUUACGUACAAUGUUUUGGAGCGGAUCAUCGUGAAUCGACUAAUCCCACAUCGCGAAGAAACCACCCGUGACGAACAAGCCGGCUUUCGCCCUGAUCGAUCGACGAUUGAUUAG